AUGAUCCCGCUCGCCGAUGCUGCGGACGAGGACCUCGGCCUGGUGCUCCCCGCAGUUUUCGCGGAGGCUGCGGCCGGCAUGCCGCCGCCUCGCCCGCGGCCGGCGCAUCGGCCUGUCUUGCCCUUCCGCGGCCGCGGUGUGGAAGGCAGAUCCGGUCGCGGUGCCUCGUCGCAGGCCGCGCCUACGCCUUCGGCCGCUGUGCCCGUCGCUGAUGCGUCGCGGGCGGACCGCAGCCGCACGCUGCUGUACGCUGGCGCGGAUGAUGAGGAACCCAGCGCUGUAGGGCUCGACCUCACCGGCGAGCUCAGCCGCAUCAUUGACCAGCAUGCGGCGCUCGAGACCCAGACGGCGAUCCUCGAGUCUGAGUUCCAGGCGAAAGAAACAGCGUUGACUGAGCGUCUGGAGGUGGCUCUUCUGGAACGCACGGAGGCUCUCAGCGCCCAGGCUCACGCAGACCUCCGGUCCGAGCGCGGGCUCAUGCAGCGCCGGUUGGACGAGGCGACAGCCGCGGCCCAACACGAGUGCCACGAGAGACUUGCGGUGAGCUCGCGCGAGCUCCGUGCGGCAGAGCAGCAGAUGGCGGCGACGGACCGCCAGCAGCUUGCCGGCAUCCUGGCCGCGGAGUCUGCUGCAUACGCCGCUGCUGACCAAAGGCGCCGCGAGGAGUGCGAUGCGAUCCAUGCUCAGGCGCUCCGGAACCUCGAGGCGCAGCGCGUGGAGCUCAGCGCAGUGGUCUCCACGGCUUCCUCGCGCCUGGCCGCCGCGGGCGAACUGGAGGCCGCGGCUUCCAGGGCAGAGCAGCAGUCGCAGGCGCAGGCCGCUGAGGCUCAGCAGCGCGCCGCCGCAGCGGCGCAGCUCGAGUCCUCCACACAGCAGGCGUUCGUCGGCUUCGAGGGCCGCACAAGGCUGCAGCUUCGCCAAUACGAAGCCCAGAUUGCCAAUCUGGAGGCCCAGCAGGAGCAGACGAAACUCCGGGCCGACCGCGCGGCAGGGCUGGAGGCGCAGGUCACGGUGCUCCAUUCUCGGCUCACCGAGUCCGAGCAGCGCGUGCAUGCAUUCAGAGACCGAGCCCAGCAAUGGGCCAAUGACCUCGCAGCCACGGCUGAGGCGCAGCGCGGCGAGCAGCUCGAGGUGCAGACCGCGCUGCAGCAGCGUGUUGACAUCCUCGAGCAGGAGGUCGAGAAUUGGAAACACAUCGCAUCGGUGGCCGAGGAGCGGCGGGUGCAGCCGCCGCAGCACGAUCCAGUGCUCUCCCAGCCUCCUCCGCCGCCGCUGCAACCGCAGCCUGACCGCCUGACAGGGCGUUUCGUCUCUGCGGACGGCGUCCUCACGCAGCCGCAGCACUUCCACAUGGCCACGCCCUCGCGGCCGUUGGCCGCGCCACAGCCGGGCGCGGCGGCCGCGUCCGAGCCGGCGCCAGCGCCGCACGCGCAGCCGCGCCCUGGCCCGAAUCGCGGCGUGCUCCCUGGCCAUGGGGCCGGGGUCACCAUGAGGGCUCACAUCGCGGCCGCCGGCGCCCCCGGCGGAGGCGGCCCGCCAGACCGCCUUGGCGCCGGUGGCAGCGUGCGGUCCGAGCCAGUCCAGAGGCUCCCGACCCAGUUGCAGCAGCGCCCGUCCGCAGCGCAGGCCCCCGCAGCUCAGCCUGACCUCCCUCCUGGGCUUCGGGGCCCUCGCCGCCCUGGCGGUGACGACGGCGCUGGCGGCGACGACUCGCCGCCUAGCACGCCUGGGGCCUCCGGCGCGCGCCGCAGCCGGAAGAGCAGAAAGAGUAAGAGGUCACCCUCGAGCUCGUCGAGUUCGACUGAGGACGACAUCCGCCGGCGGAAGGGAGCGGUGAAGUCCUUGACAUUGGACCCGCUGCCCUCUGCCGUGGGCCUUCGGGAGUGGGUGCAGGACACCUACGUGAAGGUGAACGCAGCGAGCAAGCGCAGCAAGCGCCGCACAAUGCGGUGGAUGCAGCGCAUCGAGACCGUCAACGACAUCUCGGAGCUCGAGGCGUUGGCGGAGAAGCAGAAGAGGUGGGGCGAUCUCGACUCCGCGCUCGCCGAGGCCGUCUUGGCCAUCGCCGACAGCAACUUGAAGCGUGAGCUGCUGAUCUACCGCGAGGAGCGGUCGAGGAUGGGCUUGCCGCUCUCCGGCCGCUGCGCGCUGUACAUGGUGUAUUACAGGUACACAAUCGAGCGCGGCCAGGCGAUGAGCGUCGACCUCACCACCUUGGUGGGCCUCCGGUUCGGAGGGGACCUCGAGGGCUUCUUGAAUGCCUGGGACUACGCCUUGAUGGCCUUGGCCAAGGUGCCGGACGAAGACAUGCUGUGCUCGCUCCUCGAGUGCCAGCUCCGGAAGUGCAAGGGGUUGGAGCCCGCUUUCGUGACCUAUGAUGCCGCCGAGGAGGGCACCGCGACCCGCACCUCCGCCUUCCUCUACAACGCCGCGCGGCGGGAGAUCGUGCGGCGUCAGCGCGGGCAAGUGCGGGACGACUUGAUGAAGCUGCCUCAGAAGGCCGCCCCCGCCAAGGCCGCCGCAGCCGCAGCCGCAGCCACCGCUGCUGCGAAGGCCAAGGCGCAAGCGACGCCGCAGGUCCGCUCCGGUGAGAUCUGCCAGAUGUUUGCUCGGGAUGGUUCGUGCCGCUUCGGUGCGAAUUGCAAGUUCGAGCGCGUCGGGGCCGCCUCUGCGCCAGGUGCCGCCGCGGCGAAAGCCAAGGCCAAGGCCAAAGCUGAGGCCGCAGCCAAAGCUAAGGCUAAGGCCAAGGCGCAGGCGAAGGCGAAAGCGGCGGCCGCCGCCACCUCCCCCGCCGCUGCCGCGGCCAAGCCAGAUGACCGGCCAGCGUGCCGCUUCUGGCCCAAGGGCGAGUGCACCAAUGGCGAGAACUGCGCGUUCAAGCACGUUGGCCCUGGCAAGGCCAAAGUGCCGGGCGCCGUCUGCCGCGCCGCCCCGGCCACUGGUGGCCCCAGCGACGACCUUGACGAGUUCGCUUUGGACUCCGGCACUGGCAAUGACCUGGUCCCCGUAGGGACCCAAGGCGUCCGCCGCCAGCGCGACGACCUUUGCUUCCUGAGCACGGCGAACGGCGUGAUCGCGCCCGAGACCACCGUGACUGUGGGCCUGGAGGCGCUGAACGAGGAUGCCGAGGCCAUCGAGCUGCCAGAUACCAUUCCGGCGCUCUCGCUCGGGCGCCGCUGCGCCCAGCAUGGCUACCGCUUCGUGUGGGAGCCGUUCGCUGACAAGCCCGGGUUCUACGCGCCUGAGGGCUCGCAGGUCGACGUCCGCGUGGAGAACUUCGUCCCGAUGGUGGGGGGCGGCCGCCCCAGCCAGCCGGCCGGCGCUCGCCGACAGGUGCGAUGCAUGCCUGCCAUGGCCUCCGCAGAGGCUGACCACGCAGCCCCCGCCGCAGCGGAGGUCGCUGGAGCGGCGAAUGGGGCAACCCACGCCGCAGCCCAGGCCGCCGCAGCGGCCGACCAUGUGGCCCCUCCCGCAGGGGGGCCCCUCAGUGCGCACUCCGACCAGCAGGCCUCAGCCAAUGUUGUUGCCUUGGAUGCCGCUGCCGAUCCUGGGGAGGCGCCGCCAGCGCCGCCCUCGACAAUUGCGCCUGCUGCCAGCGCUGGUGGCCCAGACAAGGCGCUGCAAGACUUCGAACGCGUGCUCGAGGGCGAUCCGACCGAGCACGACGCGGAGAUUGACUGGGACGGGAUCCCGCUGAAGUGCGGUGUCUGCGAGGACGACGUGGUGAUCGACGCAUCGAUCCAUAACGACCCGCAGUCCAUCCUCCACCUGGCCACGCACCUGCCGAAAUGCCCGCCCGGCGUCUGCGCGGGGUGCGACUUCGGGAAGACGGCGAAGAGCCGCAGCUCGCGCCGCCCCGCUCCAGCUGUGGAGCUUCAUGCACCGGACGCUUCCGUCGAGUCCUUCGGGGCCCUUGUGCACAUGGACCACAUCGAAAUGGAGCACGGAUCUGAGGCGAGGAAGGCAUCGGCCUACAGCCUGCACAUCCUGGACGAGUCCACGGAGUUCUUCUCGCCGUACCCGGCGCGCCGCCGGGACACCGACACAGUGCUCAACAGCGUGGGCUCCUUCGACUCCGCCCCGCCGAAGAUUCGGAGCGAGCGCUGGUGGCCUCUCGCCGAGCGGCACUGGGCGGCAAACUACAACGGCAGCGUCAAGAACAAGGCCGGCCUCACCCGGUGGCAACGCCGCUUUGGGGAGCCAGCUCCCUUCGUCAUCUACCCGUUCGGCGCCCUCGUCCUCUUCCGGCCGCCAGCCGGCUCCAAGCUCCCGAAGCUGGAGGGCGACCCCUGCAGCUCCAGCAAAUGGAAGAACCGACUGGUGCCUGCACUUCUGGUCGGCGAAGCGGCCGGCCCGGCCGAGCAGUGGGCCAAGAGUUACUUGAUCGUCCCGCUCGCGGCCAUCCUGGCCGACGGCCGGGCCUCUAGAGUCAGCGUCCGCACCGUCGCCGACGUCGUCUUCCCGUCGAAGGUGACGUUCCCUCUAGCGCAGCGCCUGGCGUUCAACGGCGCAUUCCGUGACCUCAGCCUGCCGGCGCCGCACACCAACGACGACGCCGAGGGGGGCUAUGAGCUCAUCGCCGACGAGCCUUGCGAGGAGGACGUGCUUGCGUACGACGGGAUGCUGAAGGAGAACAGCCCCCAGUUCUCUUCGACGAGGGCUUCGAUGCUCGACGUCGCCUUGGCCAUCGAUCCUGACUCCCAGGAGGGCCUGGACGUCGUGGGCCAAGCCGGCGAUGGAGACGCAGGCGCCGACGAUCCUCAUUCUGGUCAUGCUGCGGUCGAGCCCGACGUUGCCGAAACUGCGCGGCUCGGCGUCGACGCCGACCCCGUCGUGCAGCGGGAGAUCAAGCCUGGACCCGGGCGCUCGCCGCCGAGCGGCUGGAGGCGAGACGACUUUGGCGCCGACGGCCACAUCAGGCGUUCGGUGUGGGUGCCACCGUGGUCCACUCGUCCGCCUACGCUCGAGCCAGAGGUGUGGCUCUCCCUGACCAUGAAGCACAGGCAGGCGCAGCGUGACAAGUGGAAGGCUGCUGACCCCGCAGGGUUCGCAGCUCAGGAGAAGAGGCGCGAGGACUAUCAAAACCUGAAGGCGAAGGGCAAGGUCGCGACGGCCGUCCCAUCGAUGCCUCGCCUCGCGUGCUCUGCCUUCUCGGGCACCCCGCACGAGGUGUACUACGAGCCGCCUCGGCAUACUUGGCACCGAGGCUCGGCCGCAGCUGGCGGGCAGCACGCCCAUGCUCCUUCCAGCGAUGCCCGCGUGGCUUCCGGCCGCGCCGCAGGACCUGCAGCUCCAGCAGCGCCGGCUGGCCUCGUCAUACAGGCGCCCACGGUGCCUGAGAUCAUCGCCGCAGCGAUGCCAGCCAUCAUGAGCGGCAAGUACAACCAGAUGCUCGUCGAGCUGUGCUGCUCUCCGGAGUCUUGCCUGUCCGCCUUCGUCCCGGCCAGGUGCAUCGCCAUCCGCGUGACCGAGCAGCUUGACCUUUCCGCCGAGAAGACCCUCCGAGCUGUUCAAGACAUCUUGAAGAGGGCGGCCCGUAAGAAACUGAGGACCAUGAUCUGGACAGCCGUCCCCAUGGCGGUGACGCGGGCCUUGAUCACCAAUGUCGCGAAGGUGUGCACCUACGCUCGUGACAAGGGCCAGGACGUCACCUGGGAGUGGCCUACAAACUCCGACCUGUGGUCGAACGACCGCGUGCACCAGCUGAUCAACACCGUCGGCGGCAAGUUCGUGAAGGUAUCGGCCUCCGCCGUCGGCCAGCAGCAUCAGCAUGCAGGCCGCGUGGUGUACACCCAGAAGGAGUGGACGCUGUGCUCCACGGACGACUCCGUUACGAUGACUUUCGAGAAUUAUUCCGUCGACGAAGCUGCCGACAGCAAGGAGUUCGUCCGCUGCCGCGGGAACAUUGCGAAGCAGACCGCCCAGUACACGGAGCAGUUCGCACGUCUCUUCUGGAGCGCUCGCCGUGCAGGCAUUUUACCUGCUGCUCCUGGCGUCCCGCGGUCCCGGGCAUUCUUCAAAAGCACAUCCGCCAUCGACGACAGUGACGACGACCCGCACCACGAGCAUCGUGAGCAUGAUGCUGGCCCGCCGCGCCACCCUCUGUGGUGCGCCCUCGUGACACGGGUGGUCAAGCCCAAAUCGUCCGAGGCAGAUUGCGACGGUGCCCGCAAGGCGUUGGAGAAGGAGCUGCACGGGAUGCGCUCCAAGCAGGUCUGGGACACCAGCGAUGUUCACAGUUUGCGGGACCUUCUGAACGACGAGUCCCUUUCUGACGCCAUGCUGGGCCGGGUGUUUGCAAUUCUGGGGAUAAAAGGAGAAGAGCUUGGAAAAGAUGCCCAGCAAUGGAAGGCUAGAGUGGUAUUUCAAGGAUCCAACAUCCGAACUAAGUCGGGCGUGUCGGCUGCAGACCUGUUCGAAGAAGUUGCCAAUGCUCCGGCAUCCUUCGCCGCGGCACGCGCUGCCCUGGCGGCCGCGGCCCUCACCGGCCGGGAGGUCAGCCUGAGGGACGCGGAGGCUGCAUACCUCCAGGCUCUGAUCGACACUCCGUUCCGGAUCCCCACCUACGUCGAGCUCCCACGGGAGUGGUGGCCAGACAGUUGGUUCUUGGACGGCGCAGCACGCCAGAGACCUAAGUAUGUCCGGCCUCAUUGCCGGCUCAAGAAGGCUCUGUAUGGCCACCCCGAGGCCGGGGCGCUGUGGGAAGCCAAGUUGAACAGCAUUCUCAAGCAGCAUGGCUGGGAGCCCGCUGGCCUCGACCAUCCUGGAGUUCAUGUGCACCCUGAUGGAGGCAUUUUCGUCGUGUACGUGGACGACAUGCUCAUGAUCGCUCCGCCGAGCAUCGCCGGGCCAUUUUGGAGGGCGCUCGACACGGCGAUCGUGUUCAAGGAGCGGGAGCAGGAGAUCGAGAGGUACUUGGGGGCCCGCUACACCAUGGACCCGGUCAACCCUGCCUGCCCGUCGGCCGCUCGUCGGCUCCACACGGACAUGGACGACUAUGUGGCCAACGCCCUCGCCAGGUUCGCUAGCGAGUACGGGGGUGAGCUCCGCAAGGUGACGUCGCCGUUUCUCUCGCCGGAGCAGUGGGCUGAAGACGGCGUGCGCCCCGGCGUUUUCGCCGGCAGCUGCGCCUCGCACGUUGCGACGUUGCUGUUUUUGUCCCGGGUCGCACGGCCAGACAUCGCCGUCGCCGUGCAGCGCCUCUGUUCGGUGGUGUCAAGGUGGAGCACAACCCACGACGCAGCACUGGUUCGCUUGUACGCCUACCUGAAGGCCGCUGGCCCCAUGGCCCUCGCCGCCGAGAUGGCCCCCGAUGACAUCUUCGACCUGGAGCUCCUGAUGUGGUCGGACGCCGACUGGGCUGGCGACUCAGAGCACACGAAGUCUACAGGCGGCGUCCUGGUGGAACUUCACAGCCCGACUUCCGGUCGGCGCUGGCCGCUUUCGUGGGCUGUUCGCAAGCAGACGUCCACGGCCGGCUCGACAGCCGAAGCGGAGACGGUGGCUCUCAGCCACAACACCAAGCACGAGGGCAUUCCCACGCAGAUGCUCCUCGAGCGGAUGCUUGGCAUCGACAUCCCGCUGGUGGCGCUCGUGGACAACACGCAGGCCAUCUCUGCGGUCACUAAGGGCUACAGCAAGAAACUGAAGUUCUUAGAGAGAACCCACAAGGUGUCCAUCGGGUUCUUGCACGAGCUUGUGGUGGAGCGCGGCGCGAUGAUCCUCAAGCACGCGCCCACCGCGACGCACCGGGGCGACGGCUUCACGAAGGCCAUGUCCCCGGCAAGGUUCAUGGAGGCCCGCGACCUCAUGGGCAUGAUCCGCACCAGGCCUUGA